CCACCAUCGUGCGGUACAUACAGUCCAAAUUUGCAUCGCUAUAAUAACGGACAGUCACGUACUGGGUGCAAGGCCGGGACUAGCAAAGGUCUUACCUGACUUUGUGCUGGUGCAGUUUACACGUGAGCUGUUCUAACUGGGGGCGCGCGUGCGCUGUGCAACCUCGCACAAACGGCUCGAAAAGAGGCAAUUCAGGAAAUCAGUCUUAAGUGCAGCACUAUCGAGAACGCUCGCCUUUGCAUCAUCUUCCCAAACCUUCUGUCUCCUAGUUUUGGAAUUACGAACAUUGUAACGACAGAGAAAUACCAACAGGAGCCUAACUAUGGAUGAAAGAAUACCGCGUCUGCAGGACAGACAAUUUAUGGAUCAUGCCGAUUUUUUAGGGGUGGAAUACUCCUCACUCUAUAUGUGUAAAUCGAAAAGAGGAUUGAAGCGCGAAGAUGGCAAGGACGCAUACAAGUUACCACACCGAUUGAUAGAGAAGAAGAGGAGAGACAGAAUCAACGAAUGUAUCGGACAGCUUAAGGAUUUGUUACCCGAACAUCUCAAACUCACGACGCUUGGGCAUUUGGAGAAGGCUGUUGUUCUCGAGUUAACUUUGAAGCAUUUACACGCUUUGACUGCAGUAACUGAGCAACAACACCAGAAGAUCGUCGCUUUGCAGAAUGGGGAUAGAUCGGUGAAGACAUCCAUUCACCCAGAUUUGGAUGCGUUUCACUCGGGGUUCCAAGCGUGUGCUAAGGAGGUCCUGCAGUACCUCAACAAGUUCGAGAACUGGAAUACACGAGAGCAGCGGUGCGCGCAGCUCAUCAGCCACUUGCACAAAGUCUCCGCGCAGUUUCAGCCGGGUGCGCCACUGCUCCAUCCCCAGCUACCUGCAGGAGACGCGCAGGAGCGCAAUGGUGGCCAAAAGUUGGACAGCCAAGCGGGACAUGACCGCGUAUCUGUCAUACAGAGGAGCCAUGGGGAGCUUAACGAGAAUGACACAGACACAGACAGUGGAUACGGGGGCGAGGCGGAAAAGAGCGAUGGGAAUAAAGGAUGUGAAAGGAACAAAGCGCAGGGAACCAAGGCAGUAAAAAUAAAGCAGGAGUUCGGGGAUGACCGCAUUGCCAAAAAAUCUAAGAUGAACUGGGCUGGAAACGGGACAACGGGCGCAGACACCACCACCAGACCUGAUCUGGCCUUUAUGAACUCGUUAAUGGGAAUAACUGGCGUGGGACAGCAGACUCCCUUUUGUAUGCCUUUUUACUUCAUCAAUCCCUCAGCGGCAGCGUCCUACAUGCCCCUAUUCGACAAAAGUAACUUAGAGAAGUUUGUGUACCCAGCUGCUGCAGCAGCGGCACUCACCUCCCCGUUUCCCUGGAUAUACCCCAGCCUCAACACACACGCAGCUGCUGCUGCGGCCGCAGCAGCCGGUGUUUUCUCCGGUAUGUCAACAGAGAACAGCUCUGUAUUCGGUUCAGGCAAUAAGGACUCUCCUUCCGACGACAGUGAUAUGUCAAACGUGGCAGAGCCGGGCUCACCCGAAGAGAAGGACAACGCUGAGAAUAAUGAUGAUUAUGAUGACGAUGAUAAGGAAUUGGAAGACGAUUCACCAGACAAUGAAAACUUUAGGCCUACAUAGUUCUAAUAAAGGUGACAUUCUGAGAUCUUACUUUCUUGCUUGUAAAAAGUAGCUAAUUUAUGUAUCAGUGUAUGCUAAAUGUUACUUUGAUGUGUAUUCAUCAUUAUCUUGUUUAGGAUUUUCUGACAGUCUGUUUUAAUGUUAUUUUUGUUUUCCCUCUUAAUUUUUAAAGCUACAUUAAAGAAGUUUCACACUGGAAUUUCUCGCGUCUUGGUCAGGCAGUGGGAAGUUGAGACAGUGUGUGCCUUUUGCACUUAAUGCGAGACUAAUCAGAAUGAUAAUCGACAAUGAUUGACACUAAAAAAAACAAUACAGGCCAAUUGUUAGGGUACAUUGAGCUGGAGUUUUUCAUGUGACACAACCUUUAAACAUGAGAUAAAACAAUCUGCUUGUAAUGCGCAAUAUUGCCCUUUGAUCCCCAAUCAAGUAUAGUUUACCUGUCACUUUUGGAUGUAUGCAUUUGCAGCUGACCUCUACCAAGUUUCUAAUCAAGAUUGCUGACUCUGUCUUUACAGUAUGCCUAUGACUGUGAUAGGUGUGGUUUGAUCAAUGGUACUGUACAUAGUUAUGCAUUAAAUGGGCCCAUGAAGUGUAUGAAUUGCUUAAGAAAGUUGCUUAGACAGGCCUACCUCAAACCAAGAUGUCCUCCCUGGAUAUUGAUAAGCUGAUGGUGUCAGUCAAUCAUCUUACUUAUCUUACAAAGUAUGUAACUCCCUCUCCAUGCCGAUACAUUUUCCAUUCUCUAUGUUUUUGGAACGUUCAAUCACUACCUAAAACAUUAUUUUUCUGAUGAUAUUUGGCAAGUUGAAAGUAAACUUUCAACACUGGAAGAUGCUGUUUUAUGACAAUUUACAAUUAUGUUCCUGAUUGUUUGGCAUCUCUGUAAAAAUAUAAUGAGAGAUGCUGUGUGACCUGUAACUUCAACAUUAUAAUAGGUAUGAUUGCACCUUAUAGAAAUUUGAUAUUGAAUGUAACUACCUUUGUGUUUCUUAGCUCUGGAAGUUUGUAUGUAUAAAACAUGUAGUUCUUUACUCUUUGAGAGAUAAAGUGCACUUUUUUCUGCCUUUGAAAAAUCCCUGGUUCCCUCCUAACACUUUCCAACAAUUCUAGUCCAUCACUGUAUAUAUUUUUAUAUAUAUAUUUUUCUUGAAGAAUGUCACUUAACUAAAGGACAGAGACUUUACUCCAGAAUCCUGAGUGUACAGACUGUGUGUUUUAAGAACUAAGUACCGCCUACUACAGAUAUUGAGACUUUUUAGUAAUCUUGUGCAAAGCACACUGGUAAAAGAUAUACUGAUCAUAUCUCAUUUCGGGUUAUAAGCCUUAUUUCACUCACAAAGCUAUGUAAACGAGUAAUACUCAGCCUCUGAAUGAAGAAUUAUGGCUACUAUCACAUUGUUAACAUACACACACGUACAUAUCACAUUGUUAACACAUAUACAUACAUACAGAUAUGCCACAGGUGUAUAAUUGGAGAGGUUACUGUGGUCCACUGACAAAUAGUUUUAAUAAUGUCCUCCAUUCUAGUCUUUUUUAAUAUUGUGGUGUAUAUAAUGUGUUUUGAGUUCCUUGUGUGUUACUAGACAAUUUGCUUAACCAGUAUUGCUUAUUUUUUUGUCGCUUAUGUUCAGCAGCUCUUGCCUCAAAUCCACUGUUUUAAAACUGUCAUCAAAAGUGGCAUGUGUGUAAAUAGUUAUGUGAAUAUAUUAUGGAAUAUGUGUCCGAUGUCAAUGUUGUAGAGGAAAUCAAAGGAUAAAAAAAAAGAUUAAGGGCUCUAUUCAAUCCAUAUCACAGAGGUUCAGCGUUGCAGUGUGAUUUAAAUUAAAAGGCAAUGUAUGCAGAGACAGCAUUCAUGGUAAACACUGCAUGUCGGCUCAAUCAGAAAUGUGUUUUACAUUUCUAUCACGCCAUCUGUAACGCUCCAGUGAAAUAGAUUUAAUAGGACAUUUAAAGAUGUACUGUGGAGUUUCUAUGAACAAAUUUCAGUCAGUAGUUGUGAAAUUAGUCCUUCUGAGCCAAAAUGGGUCCCUGUUUUUUGCAUACUUCACCAUCUAAUUGGGUACUACAUAAGCCAUGAUACCAUAUAAAUUUGGUUUGCUUAAGAUCCCACAGUGCGUCUUUAACUGAGCAAAUGUUGCACAUUCAUUAAACAUAUGCUGUUCUAAAUUAUUGCUGAUAAGUUGUAAAAUAAAUAUCACACCAAAAACUA